CGCUUUCUCACCUUGAUUCCAUGGCGCCUGCCACAUUCGACCUGUCCAGCUUCCUCAAGCCCGCGCUUUGCGCCAAUCAGUACAGCACCGAUGAAGGAGCCACGCAGUGCACAAAUGACGCCGGCAACGCUUGCGGCGGCUGCCAGCUCGUCCAGUUAUGUGUGGAGUUUAUUGGCAAUGAUUUGUACUAAGCCAUUGAUACUGCUCAGAGGACUGCCAGAAGACAGACUGGUCUCGUCACAAGGUCACCUGUAAGUCUGCCCUCAUGGAUGCUUCCUGGACACCAGCAUGGCACCGUGAGAACCUCGUGCCGGCCUUCAUGGGCAAGGGACUACCUCUUAUCAAAUUUGGAAGGAAAAAGUACUUGUGGGGCAAUAUGCCUGUGGGGGAUAUUCUAAUCGUCAAUGACAACGAAGGAGGAGAUGAUCGCCAGCGUGAUGUUACACUUUUCUUCGCGGUGUCUGGCGAUCUCCGCAACGUAAUCGAGACUAUCGCAAGUAUUCCUGCAGCUCACAAGGGCAAAUGCGAUGUUGUCGUCAACGACACGGACUUCGCCAUCGUCGCUAGGAAUGCUAUCAUGCUGCUUGUCGCUCUUCCCCGAUGCAGAAGUCGCAAAUCCCGUCAUCACUCUCGUCUGGUAUUCAGUCUUGCUGCCCUCUGCGAUGGUACGAUCUCUUCAGACCGACAUUUUGCCUCUGAUCGGAGACGUCUGCAACAAGAUUACGAACAAGCCGCACGACUCAACACAGGCGAAGACUUCAGCAUCCGAGGCCGCUCUGUACGUCUUGUGCUAAAGAAAGAACAAUGGUCACGCUUGGUUACCUACUUCCAGGCUCCAGAAGGUCUUACUGCCGAAGAAGCUCAGGCGCUCCGUCGCGACAUCACUCUGGCUCCCUCUAGGGUGGAUUUUCGUGAGCGUGCUAUGGUGCAGUGGUCUCCGGCACUUCGUCAGGGCGAGCAGCAUUAUCGUGAACUGGGCGUUCUUUUGCCCUACGGGUGCCCGAUUAGUGUUCUCGACACGUCCAACCCUACUUUCUUCCAGACCCGCGACUGGCCUAUGACGGACAGUGCAAGUCCUCGGGAUGAAUGGAGUCAUGCAGACCACAGCAAGCAUACCCUGACUGCCAAAGCCGCCACUUUCGGAGCCAUCUUCUCAAUGCUUCGUGACCUACUCUUCAAGUUCGGUGAGCGCGUGCAAGAUACAAGUAUCUCGUUCGAGCUGUCGUGUACCAGUGCUCUCAACAUCACCGGACACAACGGUACUAGGCGCUUCGAUCGCAUUGAGAUCUCCAAUAUCUGCGAUCGGGGAUACGUUGGCCCGUAUGCCUCGUUUGAAAGUCUUCUCAUGCCUUCUGAAAGAUAAGAGGGCAAACCCGAAGGCGUCGAUGCUGAUGCUGUUUCUCAAUGCAGCGAAGCAGAUCGAGCACUUCGGCAACGAUUCUAGCAAGGUAGAUCGGAUACUCUCGGCCAUGCAGCGCACCCGAGAAUACCUGUCGCUGGACAGCUCAUGGUCAACGUGAGCUGGCUACGCUCACCCCGACCUCGUACGUCGUGAAUCCUGCUGCGAUGUUCUGACAACCCUCAAUGGCGUCUUCGAUGAAUUCACGGAAUCUGAAAUAACAACCAAGGUAGC